AUGACAGUGGAAAGUGAAUUUACAGAUGAAGAAUCAUUUAAAUUCUUUGGAUUGGGUGGAUGUAAUGAAGUCGGAAGAUCAUGUCAUAUAAUAGAAUAUAAGAAUAAAGUAAUCAUGUUAGAUGCUGGUAUUCAUCCAGCAUUAUCAGGACAUUCAUCAUUCCCAUUUUAUGAUGAAUAUGAUUUAUCAAAAGUUGAUAUUUUAUUAAUUAGUCAUUUCCAUUUAGAUCAUGCUGCUUCAUUACCUUAUGUUAUGCAGCUGACUACAUUCAAUGGAAGAGUAUUUAUGACUCUGGCAACUAAAGCAAUUUAUCGUUGGUUAUUGCAAGAUUUCGUUAGAGUUACAUCUAUUGGAAAUGCUAGAGGUGAUGCUGGAGGUACUGGACAACAAGUUACGUCUAGUAAUUUAUAUACCGAUGAAGAUAUUAUGAAAUCAUUUGAUAAAAUUGAAACUAUUGAUUACCAUUCAACUAUGGAAAUUGAAGGAAUUAGAUUCACAGCAUAUCAUGCAGGUCAUGUUUUGGGAGCAUGUAUGUAUUUUAUUGAAAUUGGAGGUUUAAAAAUCUUAUUCACGGGUGAUUAUUCUCGUGAAGAAAAUAGACAUUUGCAUGCAGCUGAAGUGCCACCAAUUAAACCGGAUAUUUUGAUUAGUGAAUCUACUUUUGGUACUGGUACACUUGAACCCAAGGCAGCCUUAGAAAAUAAAUUAACUAGCCAUAUCCAUGCAACUAUCUUAAAAGGUGGUAGAGUAUUAUUACCCGUUUUUGCUUUAGGUAAUGCCCAAGAAUUAUUAUUAAUCCUUGAUGAAUAUUGGAAUCAAAAUGAAGAUCUUCAAGGUUUCAACAUUUAUUACGCCUCCACUCUCGCGAAGAAAUGUAUGGCCGUUUAUGAAACCUACACCAGUAUAAUGAAUGACAAUAUCCGUCUCUCAACCACAUCCUCCACUUCCGGGAAACGAUCCAACCCAUUCGAUUUUAAAUUCGUAAAAUCAAUCAAAGACCUCUCCCGAUUUCAAGACAUGGGUCCCUCAGUAGUAAUAGCCACUCCUGGGAUGUUACAAGCCGGAGUCUCACGACAACUUCUUGAAAAAUGGGCUCCUGACCCGAAAAACCUAGUCAUAAUGACUGGAUACUCCGUUGAAGGAACUAUGGCAAAAGAUUUAUUAAAAGAACCACAUACGAUCCAAUCGGCUCUGAAUUCAGAUAUGACAAUUCCGAGACGUAUUGGAAUUGAAGAAAUUUCAUUUGCGGCACAUGUUGAUUUUGUCCAAAAUUCGGAAUUUAUUGAAAAAGUAAAUCCAUCUAGGAUCAUUUUGGUGCAUGGAGAUUCAAUCCCAAUGGGGAGGUUGAAGUCGGCGUUGUUGAGUAAAUAUUCCCUGAGAAGAGGGACUGAACAGGAGAUUAAGGUAUAUAAUCCGAAGAAUUGUGAGGAGUUGAAGAUCGGGUUUAAAGGAAUGAAGGUUGCAAAAGUAUUGGGAUCAUUGGCAGAGGAGCAAUUAGUCGCAUUGAAGAAUGAGAUUGCCAAUAAGAUAAAAGAGGACAAUGGGAAGAUUACCGAUGUCACUGAAGAUAAUCAAGAAACCACCGAACAAGAACAAGAACCUACAGAGAAUGGCACAACUACCAAAGAUAACACACAAAUCGAUAUCAUAAACACGGGACAAAUCGUCUCAGGAGUCCUAGUCCAAAAAGAUUUCGACCUCAACCUUCUCCAACUACAAGACCUACAUGAAUUCACUCAAUUAGCAACCUCAAUAGUCAAAUCCAAAAUCUCCCUCAAAAUAAAUGCUGAUAUUCCAUUAAUGAUCUGGCAUUUGGAACAAAUGUUUGGAUAUGUCAAUAUCAUCAAUGAUGACGAUGAGGAAUGGGAAUGUGAGAUUAUGGAAAUGGUGGAUAUUCUAAUUGAUAGAACUCAAUCGAGUGCAGGAUUGGUUGUGACUGUUGAAUGGAUAAAUGAUAAUCUAAUGGCUGAUUCUUUGGCAGAUAGUGUGAUUGCGAUAUUGUAUUCCAUAGAUUCUUCACCUGCUUCAGUUAAGAUUUCAAGUAGUCAACACCGCCACCACAAUCAUAAGGAAGCACAUUCUGAAACCGGGAUCGAGAGUAGGAUUAAAAGGAUAUCACUUAUUUUGAAAGCACAAUUUGGUGAUUCAUUACAAGAGUUGGAUAAUGCAAUGGCGACGAUUACUAUUGGGAAAAACGUGGCAAAAAUAGAUUAUAAUAAAUUGACGGUAGAAUGUGGAUCUAAAGUAUUGAAAGAUCGUAUAGAGAACAUUAUAAGAAGAGGAACUUCCUUAACUGCACCAUUAAGUAAAUAUCAAAAGGUGUAA